UAAAAGGAGUUUUUUUGUGCAAAUUGACUUGGGUCAACAACUAAAGAAAAUGGAAAUUUCUCUGUAGUAUAAAAGGAACUUGUCUUUUUUUAAUGAGAUUCCGACAAGAUAAAAAAGGUGAAGUCAUUUUCACAUUUCAAAGUAGGAAGUAAUAGUGAUCAAUUGAUCACUAUAUAGGUGGAGUAGGAGUUCCUAGUUAGAUAUCUGCAAGAGAUAAGAUAUGGAGUACCAAUUAUUGCUACUUUUCUGCUUCUAUUCAGUUGCUAUAAUGUUUAUACUGCAAUCUCAACUUACUGGCUUCUCAUAUGCUAGGCAACAUCUCUGUGCUCGUGAUGAAGCUUUUUAUUUGCUUCAAUUUAAGCAAGGCCUCAUAGUUGAUCCCGAGCACGCUUCUUGGUGUGAUAUCAAUGCCCCAUCCAAGACUUUAUCCUGGAAUGUAACAGUAGAUUGUUGCGAAUGGGAUGGAGUUACUUGUGAUGAAUUUACAGGUCAUGUGAUAGGCCUCGAUCUUUCUUGCAACUUUCUUAGAGGAACCAUAAAUGCUAACAGCAGCCUCGUGAAACUUGUUCAUCUUCAAAGUCUCAACCUUGCCUUCAAUGACAUGGAUGAUUUUCCACUUGGAAAUGGUAUUAGUGAACUCGCGAGUUUGAUGCAUCUCAAUCUUUCAGCUUCUGGAACUUAUGAAUUAGAGAUGAUCCCACCAGGAUUAUCCAACUUGUCAAAGUUGGUUUCACUUGAUCUCUCUUAUUGCGAACUCCAAAUUGGCCCGAACACAUUCAGAACUUUGCUUCAAAACUUAACCAAUUUAGAGGUAUUGUCUUUUCUCUUCAUGGAAACACCAUUUGAGUUACCCAAGAAUAUGUCUUCUUCUCUUAGGUAUUUAGAUCUUAGACAAACAAACUUGUUUGGUGACUUGAGCGAUUCUAAUCUCUUUCAUCUACCAAACUUGCAAGUGCUAAGAUUAGGAGAGAAUCUUGAACUUACAGGCAUUCUGCCAAAUUUUAACUGGAGUUUCAGUGCAAGUAUUUUAGAGUUGGACUUUUCUGGAACUAGUAUUUUUGGAAAUGUACCAGAUUCAAUUGGCAACCUCCAUUCUCUUAUGUUUUUGAGCCUCGCGCAUUGCCAUCUCUCUGGCUCAAUUCCAAAAUCCAUAGGCAACCUCACCAGACUUAGAACUUUGCAUCUUCCAAUUAACAACUUCAAUGGUAAUGUUCCCUCAACUAUCUCAAAAAUGAACAAACUUAACGAUUUAGAUCUCUCUUUCAACCAUUUUCAAGGCUCAAUACCAGAAUCCAUCGGUAACCUCACUAGAAUAAGCAAAUUGGAUCUUUCAAAUAACAAUUUCUCUGGAAAUGUUCCCUCAACUAUCUCAAAGCUGAACAAACUUAGCUACUUAGAUCUCUCUUUCAAUAACUUUGAAGGCCAGAUUCCAGACAUCUUUGCCAACUUUUCAGAGGUAACUCAUUUAUUUUUUUCAACAAACAAUUUCACUGGCUCAUUCCCUUAUUCAAUUGUAACCUUGACUAGCCUUAGAAAAUUGUCCUUGCAAAACAAUUCACUCACUGGUCCACUUCCCUCUAAUAUAAGCGGCCUUCAAGAGCUAGAAACGCUUGAUUUGUCCUUCAAUUCUUUCACUGGCGCACCACCCCCUUGGUUAUUCUAUCUUCCAUCCUUGACUGAUUUACAAGUUCAAGACAAUCAAUUAACUGGGAUAUUGCCACAUGUGUUGAAGAGCCAUAAUUUCGAAACAUUUUCAAGCAUGCACUUGAAACUUCUGAAGCUUUCAAACAACAAGCUGUAUGGUGAAAUCCCUGAUUGGAUGACAUCCAUGAACGUGGUAGUCCUCGAUCUCUCUCAUAACUUCCUCACGGGCUUUGAAAAGCAAGUAUGGCGCUCAACGGAUUUGUUCUACCUUAAUCUGGAGAACAAUUUUCUACAAGGUUCUUUGCAUCAGUCCAUUUGUGACAUGAUUAACCUUCAAGCCCUCAUUUUGGCCCAUAACAAUUUCAGUGGCACGAUCCCAGGAUGUUUGGGUAACUCCAGUAGCUUCAUUUCUGUUUUAGACUUGCGAAUGAACAAUUUUUAUGGAGAGAUACCAAGAUUCUUACCGACAGGGUUAAAAUAUCUUGGUUUAACCGGCAAUCAAUUUGGAGGACUAAUACCACGAUCCUUGGUUAACUGUACAAGCUUGGCAGCUCUUGAUUUGGGGUACAACAAGAUAAAUGACACGUUCCCGAUAUGGCUGGAGAAACUUCCAUACCUGCAAGUUCUGAUACUGAAAUCAAAUCUCUUUCACGGUCCAAUUGGUGAAUUGAUGUCCCAAUUUCCAUUUCCGGAGUUACGAAUCUUUGAUCUUUCCUUCAAUGGGUUCACUGGAACUUUGCCAUCUAAUCUUUUCAAAAAUUUUACAGCGAUGAUGAAAGUGGAUGAAGAAAAAACAGGAAUCCCUGGAAAAAAUAAUAGCAAUGAAAUAGAUUACAGUUACCAUGUUAGUUUGGUGAUAAAAGGUAAUGAGUUUGAUAUGAGAAUCACGUCAAUUAUGACAAGUAUUGAUCUAUCAAGCAACAGAUUUGAAGGAGAUAUACCAAAAUCCAUUGGAAGGCUUAGUUCGCUUGUGUUACUCAACAUAUCUCACAACAACUUCCAUGGUUGUAUUCCAGCAGAAAUCGCAAAGUUGAAUGAGCUCGAAGCAUUAGACCUCUCACAGAACAGACUCAUUGGAGAAAUUCCUAGUCUAUUGACGAGUUUGACAUUUCUUGAGGUCUUAAACCUGUCAUACAAUCAUCUUGUUGGGCGCAUCCCUCAUGGGAAACAAUUUGAUACAUUUUCAAAUGAUUCGUAUGGGGGAAAUCCUGAUUUAUGUGGAUUUCCACUGUCAAAGGAAUGUGGAUACAAGAACACGUCAGAUGAGCCACCAUUUGAACAAGAUGAUGAUGAUGAUGACGAUGAUUUAAUUUUUGCGGGCGGAUUCACAUGGGAAGCUGUCGUAAUAGGGUAUGGUUGUGGUGCGAUUUUUGGAUUGUUCAUGGGAAGCCUAAUGUUCCUACUAGAAAAACCAAAAUGGAUUGUGAACUUUGCUGAAGAUACUGCUCUAAAAAUUGCUCAAGAAAUUGCUGUCAAGAAACGGAGAAGGCCAAAGAAGAGGUAUCAAAGACAUUGAGACAUGGUCUAAGAAUGAAUUAGCAAUUUACCAGGGCAUUACAAUUUGGUAUUGGAGGAAGAAAAGGGGAGCAACAACAUAAACCAAGUUACAGCUUGUUUGGAUGGUUAUUACCCAUUGUAUUAUAUUAUAUUGUUAUUCUAGAACAAUGUUUGUUUUGAUUGUUUCAUUAAAAUUGGUUGUAUUGUAUUGUUAAUUUCAUUAUUCCGGAAUAAUGAAAAGUCCCAUUUUUAAAACAA